UCAAAAAUAUUUCGUAAAUUACUAAUACAAUUUUUAUUUGAUCGCAAACAAAUUCAUUAUUUUUAUUAUAACCAUCAGUCCAAUGUUGAAUUUCCUUGAAUGAUAGAUAAAUAGCAUAGAUAUCAAUGGACAGAUGGAUAGAAUAUUAAUGUGACGUCUUUUAAUUUGAAGACAAAUGGACAAAUGGACAAAUGAAUUGGAAAGUGAAAACAUCCUUAUUAAAAAGAAACACCAACAAAAAAGAACAAACAAAAGGAAAUCUCAGCGGCACACUGAGCAACUGAGUGAGUAAGAAAGUGAGAGAAGAGUGAGAGAAGAGAAGAGAGAAGAAGAAGGAUCAUCGCGAGGACAUCAUAAACAGCUUCAACGUGGCGCUGCACUCAACGGAAGCUCUGAUGGCGGCGGGCUUUCUCAAAUCUGGCGAUUUGGGCCCACAUCCGCACAGCUAUGGCGGACCACAUCCGCAUCACUCGGUGCCGCACGGUCCGCUGCCGCCGGGCAUGCCGAUGCCAUCGUUGGGUCCCUUCGGCCUGCCACACGGACUGGAGGCUGUUGGGUUCUCCCAAGGUAUGUGGGGCGUCAACACGAGAAAACAGCGACGCGAAAGAACAACAUUCACACGCGCCCAGCUCGAUGUGCUGGAAGCGCUUUUUGGCAAGACACGUUACCCGGACAUCUUUAUGCGCGAGGAAGUCGCUCUGAAGAUCAAUCUGCCCGAAUCGAGAGUACAGGUUUGGUUCAAGAAUCGACGGGCCAAGUGUCGCCAGCAGUUGCAACAGCAGCAGCAAUCGAACAGUUUGAGCAGCUCUAAGAACGCCAGCGGCAGCAGCGGCAGUUGCAGCAGUUCCGCUAACGGUGGCCGCAACAACAACAGCAACAACAGCAACAGCAACAACAACAGUGCCAGCAACAACAACAACAACAGUUCGAGCAGCAGCAACAACAGCAGUAGCAACAAAUCAAGCCAGAAACAAAGCCAAAGCAGCUCGAGUGGCAACUCAAGUGGCAGCUCAGCGGCGGUUGCUGCCAGUGCAGCAGCUGUUGCGGCAGCGCAAUCGAUUAAAUCACAUCACAGUUCCUUCCUCAAUGCCUCCAACAACAACAACAACAACAACGGUGGCAACAACAACAACAACAAUGGCAGCUCAACAACCAGCAGCAGCAGCGGCAGCCACGGAGGCGGCGGCGGCGGUGGCGGUGGUGGAGGCGGUGGUGGCGGUGGUGCAGCUGGCAAUCCACAUGCCCACAUCUCAGCCGCUGCAGCGGCGGCAGCGCUCAAUGUGACGGCGGCGCAUCAGAACUCAUCGCCAUUGCUGCCAACGCCGGCGACAUCCGUCAGUCCGGUGAGCAUUGUGUGCAAGAAGGAGCAUCUAAGCGGCGGCUACGGAGGUGUGGGUGGAGGCGUCGGCGUUGUGGGCGUGGGCGUGGGAGUUGGUGGCAACGGUGUCGGAGGUGUUGGCGUCGGCGGCGGUGUUGUCGGUGUCGGUGGUCUGGUCGGUGUUGGUGGCGUCUCCGGCGAUGCAUUGCGUUCGCCGUACGACACAUUGAAGGAUGCCGGCGGCGAUAUUGGCGCUGGGGCGCAUCAUCAUCACAGCAUCUAUGGAACGGCGGCGGCGAGCAAUCCGCGUCUGUUGCAGCCGGGCGGCAACAUUACGCCGAUGGACAGCAGCAGUAGCAUUACCACGCCCUCUCCGCCCAUCACACCAAUGUCACCGCAAUCGGCAGCAGCAGCCGCCCAUGCCGCCCAAUCGGCCCAAUCGGCAUCGGCCCACCAUUCGGCCCACUCGGCGUACAUGUCAGCGAAUCACGAUUCCUACAACUUCUGGCACAAUCAGUAUCAACAGUAUCCCAACAACUAUGCCCAGGCGCCCAGCUAUUACUCGCAAAUGGAGUACUUUAGCAAUCAGAAUCAGGUCAACUACAACAUGGGACAUUCGGGUUAUACUGCCUCGAAUUUCGGCCUCUCGCCGUCGCCAUCGUUCACGGGCACCGUCUCCGCGCAGGCCUUCUCCCAGAACAGUCUCGAUUACAUGUCGCCGCAGGAUAAGUAUGCGAAUAUGGUGUAGAAUCUGCUGUUCCAGUACUGCAGCAGCUCUGGCGGCAGCGGCGGCAGCAGCGCCAGCAGCGGUCGCUCGCCACAGCCGCAGCAGCAACAUCAACAACAGCAGCCACAUCAACAGCAGCAGCAGCAGCAACAUCAACAACAACAGCAGCAG